CUAGCUCGCAUCUCCACGUUGACAUCGAUCGCAACGAUGACAAGUAUAAGAGAGUGCCUGAACCUUCCUCCAGGUUUCAGAUUCCGACCCACUGAUGAAGAGCUCAUCACCCACUACCUCUCUCCCAAGGUGGCCAACCAUGCCUUCACUGCGAUUGCCAUAGGAGGAGAGGUCGAUUUAAACAAGUGCGAGCCAUGGCACCUUCCAAGCAAGGCAAGGGUGGGGGAGAAGGAGUGGUACUUCUUCUGCCAUAGGGACAGGAAGUAUCCAACGGGAACAAGGACCAACAGAGCCACAAAAGCAGGGUUUUGGAAGGCCACGGGAAAAGACAAAGAGAUUUUGAAUAAGGGAAGAGGAGUCCUCGUGGGGAUGAAGAAGACCCUUGUGUUCUACAGAGGCAGAGCUCCCAAGGGUGAGAAGACUAAUUGGGUCAUGCACGAGUACAGGCUCCAAGACUCCUCAGUAGCCUUCCCCAUGAAGGAGGAAUGGGUGGUCUGUAGGAUUGUUCACAAGGGUAUGGGAGCCACACCAAGCCUUGGAGAUACUUGUCCACAGCCUCUUUUCAUCAAUAAUAAUAAUAAUAAUAACAACGUCUAUUCUGAUUCCAAUUAUUACUUUCAAGAGUUACCAGCUCGAUGCCCCGAGUAUUUGAGCUAUAACUGGAUGGAGCAGCAGUUAUAUGAAUAAUUAGUGGGAAGCAGCAGGAUGGUGAGGAUGUAAAAAGAUUUGACUAGUUGGUGUUUUCCUUUCAUUCUGUCUGUAUCUGUACAUGUGUCAUUAUUUUUCAUGUUUAGAUUCACUCGAAUAUUAAUACAUGCACCAG